UGCCAGGUUCCCUUAAUGUAGGUUUCAGUGCUGGAUGACAGUUUCCUGAAUCAUCCUAUUGCUUCAUGCUGUGACAGCUCCACUCCAUCAAGGAUAUAGAUGUGCUUUUUGUCACGAAUGCUCAAUGGGAAGACUCGAUCCUUCUCCACUAUCAAAAAAUCUUUCUCUCAAAGUACACAUGUCCUUCCCGUCCCAAUUCCCCGACUCACCCACCGAAAUCUCCCCAUCCUCCUCUCCUAUGCAACCGUCUCAGGUCUUUUGCUCAAGAUACCCCUUCUCCACUCGGUCCUUCGCUCACUCUCCUCGGGGCCUGACCCAUCUCUCUCCCUCUCAUUCCUCUCCCUACUCCGCCGGUCUGGCCACAUGCCCCUCGAUAACUACCCCCUUUGUGCUGCUCUUGGUACCGCCGCCCGCAUGCCCUCUGUCGUUGCUGGUGCCCAGCUCCAUGCCCUUUCUGAGAAACUCGGUCUAGGUUCUGAUACCUUUGUCCUCAACACUCUUAUCAACAUGUAUUCGGCUUGUAGUUAUCCAUCUGCUGCAAGGUCAGUUCUUGAUUCUGCUCCCCAGGGGGCAUCUGAUACUGUUUCCUGGAAUACGAUCAUUGCUGGAUACGUGCGUGGUGGGCUGCCUAAGAAGGCUUUGCAGGCUUUUAGCCAAAUGGCCCAGGGGCAAGUUAGGCUGGAUGAGGUCACCUUACUGAAUGCUCUAGUUGCUUGUGCGAAGACAUGCACUAUGGAGGUUGGAAAACUGUGUCAUGCACUACUUGUAAUGAAUGGUUUUGAGGUUAACUGUUAUAUGGGUUCCUCUUUGAUCAGCAUGUAUGCAAAGUGUGGGCUGGUUGAAGAUGCUCGCAGGGUUUUCGAUCGAAUGCCUGAGAGGAAUGUGGUUUGCUGGACCUCAAUGAUCUCCGGAUAUACACAGCUAGGUAAGUCUAAAGAGGCUGUUAAGCUAUUCAGAGACAUGCAGAUUGCUGGAAUGAAACCUGAUGACGCAACAAUUUCUACUGUUGUAUCUUCAUGUGGCCAGAUGGGAGCACUGGACUUGGGCCGCUAUGUCCAUGCUUACUGUGAUGUUCAUGGUUUAGGAAAGAGCAUUUCCGCCAGAAAUUCAUUUAUUGACAUGUACUCAAAGUGUGGGGAUGUCAAGAAGGCCUACGAGAUAUUUCGUGGAAUGGUCAGGCGGGAUGGUUUUUCUUGGACGGUGAUGAUAAUGGGCUUUGCUGUGAAUGGCCUCUCUGGUGAGGCACUAGAUUUGUUUGCACAGAUGGAAGAAGAGGGUGAAGUCAUGCCAAAUGAGAUCACUUUCUUGGGUGUCUUAACUUCUUGCAGCCAUCAAGGGCUAGUUGAACAAGGAUACCAUCACUUUCAUCGCAUGUCCAAGAUUUACAGUAUUGCCCCGAGGAUUGAACACUACGGAUGCAUAGUCGAUCUCUUGGGGCGUGCAAAGCUAUUUGCAGAGGCACAACAAUUCAUUGAAGAUAUGCCUAUCGCUCCUGAUGUGGUAAUAUGGCGGUCAUUGUUGUUUGCCUGCAGAGCCUGUGGAGAGGUGGGAAUUGCAGAGUAUGCAGCGGAAAGGAUCCAAGAGUUGGAGCCAAACAUGUGUGGAGAGAAUGUUUUACUUUCUAAUGUCUAUGCUACCGCAUCAAGGUGGGUUGAUGCGAGUAAACUGAGGACAAGGAUGCACAGUAGCAGAGUGAUUAAGCGGCCUGGUUGCUCUUUCAUUGAAGUGGACGGAUAUGUGCACGAGUUCUUUUCAGGAGACGAUUCACAUUUUGAGACUGAAGCCAUAUACAACAUUCUUUUAGGGAUUAAUGGGCUGUUAGUAGCAGAGUCCUUCCUGAUGUGAAA